AUGUCUCAAUUGUUUCAUAUUUUCCAGCCUGCAAGCUGCAAUAAAGGGCACUCAGUUCGGAAAUCCAAUUUGAAUCAUCGCUCUGGUAGUCUAACCGCCCUGAAUAAUCCUUUUUUCCCUCCACUUUUGCAGGGUCAGUCAAUGGCUCAUCUUAAUUGUCCAAGUUGCUACCAACAUGGAAAUUGGGAUUGGAGCGGCAAUAUAGACCAUUUUGACUCACCAUCUCUGGCUCCGUGGGCACGUACCUCAACUGGAACAUGGCAUGGCUCUCAGAUGCUUCCCUCAGCAUGCCGCCAACAAAACUCUCUAUUUGAUGACUCAUUUUGCCGCCACCCAGGCAUGCCUUUUCCUCCCACUCCGUUCAGAAGCUCAAAUCGGAGUAAAAAGGACUUGAGUCAGGAUAGUUAUGAGGAUGAAUCAUCAAAAGCUAAUGAUCAUAAAUUUUUAUCCAGCACAUCCCCAACACUCUCUAAACAAAACUGUGCAUCAAGUGACUCAGAAGGAGAAACAGCAUCAAGGUGUGGCUCUCGGCAUAGGAAAAAAUCACAUGGUGCACAAAGCCGAGAAACUUCUCCUGCUCUCUCAAAGCACUCUACGCGACGGUAUAGAAACGAAUUUCUACAUCGCAGUAGGAGGUUCAAAAAGACAGCUUCGAGAAAUGUGUCUCCCGUACGAUCAAGGAAAAAUAAUCAGCGGGACCUCAGUGACUCGGAUGAUAAUAAUUCGCUCAAAUUGCCCCAAACCAAACUGAUUUUAUCAAAAAUUAAAUCCAAGGAAUCAAAAAUUGAUUCUAGGUCAUCAGUUGAAUCAGUGAAAGACUCAAGUUCUUGUGAAGAUAAUUUAGAGGAGCAAGAAAAGGAGAACAUCCCAUUCGUCCCAGCUGUUGAUUGGGAAUGUCAACAUUGCACAUUUAUAAAUAAACCCGGAUCUAGAAUUUGCUCUGUGUGCUGCAAAACAACAUCCAGCCUCCAAAUGAAGAAUGCAGCCAAAGUAGAAGCCUCUGAAAAAGAAAGCACGAUAACACAGUCAUUACAAAAGUUAAAUAUUUCCAGCUCUUUCGUGGUUAAUCCUACCAGCAGUACAGAUGUAAUACAUGAUUCUUGUCCAGAAUCAAUCGUAGUCAAGGAUAAUGUUCAGCAGUGUGGCAAAGCACUAAAACCUGGGAAUUGUGUUGAUGUAAACAUAGGAAGAAGCGUCGCAUCAACAGGUACUUCACCUCCACCACAAAGCAUAUCAACUCAGACUUAUGAUGUUGGAGGAGGAAAGCUAAGAAGAGCUGUGUCCUUAGCUGAUCAUGAUUUAUGGAAAACGCCAACCAGAUCUGUUAGUAGACAGUCUCUUCUCAGUGACAGCGUGAGCCUACCAAUAACUCCAGUAAGAACUCCAGAGGAUGACGAUUCUCUACUAAACUUUGAAACCCAACAACAAGCAAUAAAACGUCAACAUCCCGUGGGUCGAAGAUCAUUUGAUGCCUCUCAUCAGAAUAUAAUUCGGCCUUUUGUCAGGCGAGCAGGAUCGCAACCUCCGGAAUAUUUAAGCACCAUGGUUAAAAAGCAAGUUACGCAAGGCUUGGAGAUGGCUGAACUCUUGAGAGAGGCUCAGCAGCAUCAUUUCAGCACUGAGGAUCUAGGCGUUGCGUUGACGCACUGUGGGGACACUGAUCCUGUGGAAUGGCUUAUAGACAAUUGGCAGAACAUGAUUGACACCGUUGUGACACUCGCAACAAAUUAUGGCCAUGAACGGAAGGAAAAUACAAUAGGCACUAUUUCUACUAAUGAAGCAAUGGAAGCACUGAGGAUGCAUAAUGGCAAUGUCUGGGCAGCAGUCACUGAAUGCAUAGAACAACGGCAGAAGAAAUAUUCUGAAUUAGUUUCUCGAGGAGAAUUUUCUCGUGAAGACAUCGUUACAGUGUUAACAGCAAAUCAUGGUGAUUUGAAUGCUGCCUCAAGAGAAUUGAAUAAGAGUCAGUUGAAGCCGUUUUUGAUGAGAAUAUGGGGACCUUCCCAGGGCGUGGAUAAUGAUAGUGGCGAUAUUUCAAAAUUGUCCAUCAGCGAUAGUUUUGAAAAUGCGGAAUCAUCUUCGGAAAUUGAUCGACUGAAUAAUUCAAAAAAGGUGAGUGGCCUUCUCAGUCAGGAUUACAAUCUCAGUAAAUAUGCAGAAUUGGAAAGAGGAAGCAAGCUGAACUUUAAUGAUCCAUCAACAGAGCAGUCGAAACUUUCAGAGUGCAUGGAGGGAUUGAAAAAUAUUCACUUCUUUUCUCAUAAUGAUGAUGUUCUCAGUGCAUCUUUGAAACUGGGUCCACAAAAAUGUAUGCAACAAAAGUGUUGCAAAAAUCUUAUUGAGAAAGGUGUAGAAGAGGAGAGCUCAACAUUAAACUUACUGGAAAAUCUAGCUUUUUCUGACACUGGGAUACGCAAACUACCUCUUUCAUCGCUAAAAGGUGCUACUGAUUUCAUUAUUUCCAGUGCACCUGAAAGUCAAGGCAUAGAGAAGAAAAAUAUGCCAACCGAAAAUCGGCAAAGCUAUGCCAAAGAAGGGUUCUCUCACGCUUUAAAGUCAAAUUUCCAACCUUACCGAACUGUGUCAGUUUGUGAUUUGAGUGAUACUAAUAUUAAAGUGCUAAAUGCUGAUGUCAACAACGUCAGCAAGAAUCAAAUUAAUUUAUCCACAAUUUACUAUGAUGAUGCAAAGGAGUCUCAUUUUAGGAAUGGUGCCUCUACUAAUUUGAAAAGUUCAAAUAUUGAUCGUGAAAAAGUUAUCCCUCAAUUGUACAUGGAAGUUUCUCAUGAAACAGUCAAUUUUGGAGUAGAUAAUGACGUAAAAGAUAAAGAAGUAAAAAUCCUCACCAAAUCAAAGUCCCAUGAAGUCGAUUGUGUUUCAUUACACAAGCAAGAGAAAGGAAAGGCAGAUGAAUUUUCCGACUCUGAAAUAUUUUACGAAAGUUCUUCAAUGAUAAUCGAUGAAAGUGAAUCGGUCGGCAAUAUAUCAGAACAAACUGAGUCCUUAAAUGAACAAUUGGUGCCAACCUCUGAUACUUACAGCGUAGAAUUUCAAAAAGAUUUGAUAUUUAUUGCCUCUGAAACUUCUACAGAAAUUAAGAAUACUGAAGGUACAGUUCUGGCUGUUGACAGAAAGGAUAUAAACAGCCAUAACGGAACUAAAUUUGGAGUGAAUCAGAUUAGAUCUAAAGCACAUUCUGACUCUGAACCAUCAAGCUCUGUCAAUAAUUACAGAAAGAAUUCAGUUUCUGACGAUUCUGGUAAAGAUUAUCAACCAAUUAAGGAAAGUAGUCCAAUAAAAAUGACAAAACCUAAGGAGAAUAUGCGUACCAAAAAGCUUGCCUCUAAUAUCCCCAGACCAAAUUUUUUAAUUCGUAAAGUGGUAGGAAGGUCAGGUGCAACAUCAACCACCGAAUCAAACAGGCUAAAUGUGGAACCCGUUGCAAAAGGUAAUGUAACCAGAAGUAAAGUACCCAAUCUUACCAUUAAAUCUAAAAAAAAGUCAAAGCUCCGUUUUCCUAAAGUCGAAAGAAGAUCCUCACCUAAUCCUAUGUCUUCCAAACCUAUGAACGUUGCGGUAAAGGAGAUUUCAAUGCCCUCGUUAACAUUCACUGAACCAUCAAGCUUCGUUCCAUCGGGUGAUUUCGAAACUAAAACAUCUUUAAAUUUAGACAGAAAAAAAUCUUCCUCUCCAUUCAGUGAUGCACCUAUAAAAGAGAUUCAAAAUCCAAACUCUAAAAUAUGCAAGGUAAAACAUUAUGAAACCGAAAAUGUAGAAAUCGAUCCCACUAUCGAUUGCAGAGUUGAAUCUGAUUUCAGGGCACACAAAACAACUGUCUGUUCUAAGAUUGUGAGCGUUGAGCCUGCUGACGUGGAUUGUGAUGAUGCCAACCCUCAUGCUAUGGCUGCCUUAGAGAAAGAGGCCCCGAUUGCUGUCAGUGUCUUAGUCAAUUCUGAAGAAAAUGCUCUAAACAAGGAAGUAAACUCAUUUAAUUCGAUAAUAAAAAAUGAAGACUGCUCCUGCACCAAUAAUGAAGUAAGUGCUCUUAUGUGUAAAUCCGGUUCAACAGAAACGCAUGCAGGAAUCGAGUCAGUUAAUCUGGAUGAUGGUAUAGUUUUCCCACUUAAAUCACUGGUGGAAAAUCGAGCGGAGAUUAUUCAGCUAUUGGAAGGAAAACUUCCAAACAAUCAGGCUUUACACGGAUUUAUCCAGACGUUAUUUUUAUCCACAGCAGAGAAAGAUCAAAACAAAGUAAAGCUUGUCAAGAAAAUUUCUGAUGAAACGAGCGGAAAAGGCCUUGAGCUGAACAUUGCAGAUACACGCUUGUCAAAGCAUAAGAUUGAAUCUUUUCCAGCUGCAUCAAGUCAAGACUCGGAAGUGCGUGGAUGUGAUACAAACUCUACAAAAGACACUCAGCACUAUUUAUUUGGCUCUGAUGAAAUAGAUAUCUUCCGGAACGCACAUAGAUUACUGGCUGAAGGGGAAGUUUCAAAUUUUGAGCAAGCAAAAUUGGUUGUCCAUUUGCUUGAACUGAAUUUUGACAAAGAUCUUUGUCUAUCUGCAGCCAAAGAAUGCAGCAACAUAGACAUGGCUCUUGCAUUUUUACAACAAGAAUGCUUGUUAUGUGCAAGCAUUUAUCCGGCCAACCAAAUGAUUUCCAUGCUAUCCUGUGAACACCUCUGCUGCCGAGGCUGUGCUUUGCAGUACUUUACGCUUCAAAUCACCGAACAUAGCAUCAAUGACUGUGUAUGCCCUUUCUGUAAAGAACCUAAUUUGAGGACUCAAAGUUCAGACUACGCCAUGAAUUACUUCUCAAACUUGGAUAUUUGGCUUAAGUCUUUUCUGCAACCUCAAGUACAUGAACUAUUCCAGAGGAAGCUGCGUGAUCGCACUUUAAUGCAAGAUCCCAACUUCCGAUGGUGCUCUCAGUGUUCAUUUGGUUUUAUUGCAGACCUGCGUCAAAAACGUUUAACUUGUCCAGACUGCCGUUCUACCUCGUGUGCCCAAUGUCAUCGUCUAUGGACAAAAGAUCAUGAGGGUAAAACCUGCGAGGAACACAAUGAAUGGCUCGAAUCAAAUGAUCCUGGUUCCAUGUUAGCAAAGCAGCUUGUUGACCAGGGAGUCACCUGUCCUGCUUGUCAUUCCAAGUAUGCUCUUGUGAAAGGUGGUUGUAUGCAUUUAAUUUGUCCUGCGUGCAAGCAUGAAUUCUGUUCCGACUGCUCAAAUACAUUCCUAAUGGGUGCAAACUGCAAAGUAUCGCCAUUUUGUGAGAAAUUAGGGCUUCACGCACACCAUCCCAGAAAUUGUUUGUUUUUUUUAAGAGAUAAGGAGCCUAAUGUUUUGGAAAACCUACUCACUAUAAACAGUGUAGAAUUUGAUACAACUGAAAAGGAAAACAAGAGGUGUGAUGUGCAGCUUCAAAGAGAGACAUCAGAUGGACUAAUUGAAGGAAUUUGUAACUACCAAAUUUUUCGAGCAGGUCUUUGCCGGAAACACUAUGUAGAAUAUCUAAGUCUUUUGAUAAGAAGAAAUAAACUGGAAACAAUUGAUAUUCUGACGAUCGAUGAUUUUGAGACUUUAUUAAAACGAGCUGGAGUUAAACUGCCUCCAAAUCCAUAUGCGUAUCCCCCUGAAAACCAUUACAAUGAUCUGUACAAGAUGGUCAAAGAACAAAUACCACUGGAGUGAAGGAUUCCUAAUAAAGAAAACGGACACCCUAGAAAGCUUGACAUUUUUUUUUUCAAAAGAUGGUUUUGUGUAUUCCUGAGGCAGUAGAUGAGCAUUGCACGGACUAUAUUACGUACAAACUUUCGUUUGUUUAAGCACAUGAGGCGAGAGGUGGAGAGCAAGUGUAUCUGUAACUGGACCCGCUCAAACCUUCCUUGGAUAUCAGGACUUCGCGUCGGCUUGAGGCUAUGUGAUCUAAUCCAGCCGCCAGAAGAGGAAUGGUGGGGGUAUAGUUCGGUGGUUAUACGCGAGAGAGGGCGUGCGGCGCGCUACCUGUGCGUUACCCGCCGGAGGUUUAUACAAACAAAAUUUUCUAUAUACAUAUAGGCAGUGUAGAGGUUUUAAUGGGACUAACAUAAAUCGUCAUUCUGUAUUCGGUUGUUUUAUCAAGGUUUUAUUUUAAAUUACAACAGAGAAUAAAUGUUACAAAUUUUAUAUUUUAUCUUGGUUUGUGUGUCAGCAAGACUUCAAAAGUUACAAAUUUGAGUCAAGUCAAUGUCCCUAAUUAAAAAA